CAGCGCAGCCGCCUUCCAGAGCCCGGAGCGGGUAAAGCUGUGGAGGCAGUAUGUGGAACACGACGCCGAGCGAGGAGCCGGGGUUCAAUUUCACGCUGGCUGAUCUGGACUGGAACUCGCCCCUAGCCAACGACUCGCUGGAGGACGACCUGCUGUGGCAUUUCCCCGCGCCGCUGCUGGCUGGAGUCACUGCCACCUGCGUGGCGCUCUUCGUGGUGGGCAUCGCAGGCAACUUGCUGACCAUGCUGGUGGUGUCACGCUUCCGUGAGCUGCGCACCACCACCAACCUCUACCUGUCCAGCAUGGCCUUCUCCGACCUACUCAUCUUCCUCUGCAUGCCCCUAGACCUCGUCCGCCUCUGGCAGUACAGACCCUGGAACUUUGGCGACCUGCUCUGCAAACUCUUUCAGUUCGUCAGCGAGAGUUGUACCUAUGCCACGGUGCUCACCAUUACCGCGCUCAGCGUCGAGCGCUACUUCGCCAUCUGCUUCCCGCUGCGGGCCAAGGUGGUGGUCACCAAGGGCCGGGUGAAGCUGGUCAUCCUGGUCAUCUGGGCCGUGGCCUUCUGUAGCGCAGGCCCCAUCUUUGUGCUGGUCGGGGUAGAGCACGAGAACGGCACGGACCCGCGAGACACCAACGAGUGCCGGCCCACGGAGUUCGCAGUGCGCUCCGGGCUUCUCACGGUCAUGGUGUGGGUGUCCAGCGUCUUCUUCUUUCUGCCUGUCUUCUGCCUCACUGUGCUCUACAGCCUCAUCGGCAGGAAGCUGUGGCAGAGGAAGCGCGGCAAGGCGGCAGCGGGAGCCUCGCUCAGGGACCAGAACCACAAGCAAACCGUGAAAAUGCUGGCUGUAGUGGUGUUUGCUUUCAUCCUCUGCUGGCUGCCCUUCCACGUUGGUCGAUACUUAUUUUCUAAGUCCUUCGAUCCCGGCUCCCUGGAGAUUGCACAGAUCAGCCAGUACUGCAACUUGGUGUCCUUUGUCCUCUUCUACCUCAGUGCUGCCAUCAACCCCAUCCUGUACAACAUUAUGUCCAAGAAAUACCGGGUGGCUGUGUUCAGACUUCUGGGAUUCGAACCUUUCUCUCAGAGAAAGCUCUCCACUCUGAAGGAUGAAAGUUCUCGGGCCUGGACAGAAUCUAGUCUUAAUACAUGACCAAGCACGAAUCUGAGCAAAGUCAUCG